GAGAGAUUGUAAUGGCGUAUCUUCAGCGAAUAGUAAACGAACGCGGCUUCUGAACGACCAAUAGCAUUUUCUGUUAUAAGACAUAAAUUCAUCCGGGGUCUCGACUACAAAAUUAACAUGGCGUCCGAGAGUAUGAAAAGUUCUAUGUCUAGUGAUCAUCAUGAAGAAAAUAGUACAUUGCCCGAUGAUUGUGAAGCAACUGUAGAGAAUAUCAAUGUUUCGAAGUGCACAUCAAUGUUAGGGCUUUCUAUGAAAGUGUUUGAAAAACGCGAAUUAAAUAGUUACCGUAACUUACCUGGGUUGUUAGCAACGGCGUCAUCGGUUGAUGAGAUUGAUAUAAGAAACCUAGAUAAUGAAGAUGAUCUAGACAGUGGCAUUAAGUCUGAAGAUAUAGUAAAUUCAGAUCACAGUAAAAGGAAAAGAGUUCAUCACGAUUACCGAAAGCUCUCAAAUUCUGGUUAUGUUGAUGAUGCAAUGGGCAGGCGGUAUUCUUCUAGCACAUCAAGUGCUAGUGAAAGUGAUACACCCCACAAAUUGAUAAAAUUGAAGACAAACAGUAUAUCCUCUAAUGAUCAGAUGGCAUGUGAUGACCAUAAUAUUUCAAACACAAUAAAUGGUGGUAGCACUUUAGAUGGGAAACAAGUGGGUUCUUCAAAGCACCAAGGUGGAGAUCAUCAAAAGAAACAUCACAAGAAAAAGAAACACAGGGACAGAGAUAAAGAAAGGAGAACCAAAGUCUGGUCUCAUGAUGCAAAAAAUAAGUCCGAGAGUGAUCUGACUCUAUCUGUUACAAGUACAAUACCAGCCCACUGCCAUGAUGUAGAACAGUGGGAAAAUGAUGAACCUGAUUCUGUGAGUGGAUCUUCCAAAGAGACAAGCCAGGAAUAUACUACAGACAGUAGUAUGACACUUGGUGAUAGCAUAUGUGCUAAGGUACAACUCAGUACAGGAAAUGUAAAGUUGGAUACAUUGCCCAGUGACAGAACUGUGCAUUAUGGAUCUAAUGUUUCUCCCAGGACCAUAAAACUUUCAUGUUCUGUAAAAAGAGAAACUGAUGAAGAUAUUAGUAAUGUGUGUGAUAAUGCAGAGACAGAUUCAGUUUCAGUGAGUGGUUCAUUAUUUGAAGGUGAUAAAAGAGUUUCUGAUGAAGUUAAUAGUGUGUACUGUGUGAUUGACUCUAAAGAUGGCUCAAAUUCUAAGACUGAAGGGGGGUACAAGUCCAUUGACCUGCUUGAUCCUGAAAACCAUUCAGUAUUUCCAAAGAUGGCAUUUGAAGCCAUUCAGAGAACAGAUCUGCAUGCACGGUCUAAGAGUGAAGGUGUCAGUGAAUCCAAGUUACGCACUAGUCAAGAUGAAUUAUGUGUAUUACCCCAAACGAAGAAUUCAGAUAAUCCUGAAAAUCUACUAUCAAAUGUAAAAGAAGAAAAAGAAGAUGCAAGUGUAGGGAGUCCUGGUACACCUCUUAUGGAUGAGCAACCUUACUUUCCCUGCAUAAAUGUACCUGACUGUACAGGUAACACUGUAAGGAAAAAUAAAUUGGAAGCAGGAGAAACUGAAUCAAAGAGUGAAAUUGAUGACAUUAAAGCUGUGAAAAAUGUGAUUACACAACCUUCCCUCCAUUCAUCCGAUGUAUCUGUGAGUUAUGAUAACAGUAUUUUGAAUCAUCCUAAUACUGAUGAGAGGAGUUAUACACCGCCUAUGGUCACAAAAGAUGACAUACAUUCGCAUGCACAGAGUGUUCUUGAAGAUAGUAAGAAGACAAGUAGAACUACUGGUAAUGGUAUUAUAAAUUCUUCGCCUUCCACUGUAUCAAAUUGUAGUAUAGAUAUGGGUGCAACCAAAAUUGAACAUAUUGAGAAAAAAUUACCUGGAAGUGGAGACAGCAUUUUCUUUUCAGAUUCUGGAAUUAAUUCACAAAGUGCAGAUUCUGGUAUUAAUUCUCAAAGUGCUGUUACUUUGACUUCAGAUCCAAUUAUGGAGGAAUCUUCUCCCAGGUCACAUGACAUUGGUGGAGAAGCUGCAGAUGAAGUGGAAAAGGUGACUACUGUACAGACCAGGACUCAAUUUACUGAUGAGAGUGACGCCAGUCAGUUGAAAGAGACUGCUUGUGAAAGGAAGCAUAUAGAUACUGAUAGCCAUCAAGACAUUGUGUCUUGUAGUAAGGAUGUGCAAAGAAGGCACAGUAGUAGUAGUGGGAGAAGUGGUUCAGGACGUAGAUCAAGCAAGGAUAAGUCUGAUCACAGUGAUAAGCACAGAGAGAGGAAGCUUGAAGGUAGUACAUCAGAUUCUAGAUCCCGUGAUAGAAGGAGUUCAGAUGCAAAGGAAAUUGAUCGAAAAGAGAGAUCCCAUAGCUCGUCAUCAGAUAGGAAGCAUCAUUGCUCAAGGUGUUAUAAACGUUCAAAAAUAAAAAGAGCGAGUAUUGGUGUUCAGUGCCGACGGGACAAGACCAUUGACAAAUAUGUGAAGUACAGCUGUCCAGAUUCGACUGUGUUUGGUGUUGGACUGAAGAUUGAUUAUCAAACAAAACAUUUUUCCCUCCCUAGACCUCUCCCACUUACCCAACCUGGUCUUGAACAGCUUAAGUAUGGAAGAUUCAUUCGCAUAGAGACUUAUGCCAAUGGUGGGGCCACAGUUGUGCACAUGUAUCAAGAUGAAAUUGAUUGUCUUAGCAAUGAGGAGAUGGAAGAAUUAGCACAAGAAUAUUUUAAGGUAGUUUUUGGUGAAGAUGAGAAUGGGUAUGCACAUCAUGUAAUGGGAAUUGUUCAUGAUGCUGCUGCUUAUCUCCCAGACCUACUGGAACACAUGGCAGAGAAUUACCCAUCACUCACUGUCAAGAAUGGAGUGCUAGGGCGAAACUCUGACAUUGAAACAACUACUAUGAAGCAGUAUAGGGAUCAGGUAUGCAAACAUUAUGCUAAUGGGACUGUUCGAUAUGGACCCCUCCACCAGAUUAGCUUAGUUGGAAAAGUUCAUGAGGAGGUCGGUGGCUUCUUUCCAGACUUAUUAACCAGACUGGAAGAAAAUACUUUCCUGAAGGUGACUAUGCCAUGGGGACCACUGUCAUUUGUGCAAAUGGAAACACCUCAAGAAUCAAAUGAUGGUCCUAUCCUGUGGAUUCGUCCUGGGGAGCAAUUAGUUCCAACUGCAGAUAUGGCAAAAUCACCAGCAAAAAGAAGAAGAACUGGGAUAAAUGAGUUGCGCAACCUACAGUAUCUUCCAAGACUGUCUGAAGCUCGUGAAUAUAUGUUUGAAGACCGGACUAAGGCACAUGCCGAUCACGUUGGGCAUGGUCUCGAUAGAAUGACAACAGCUGCUGUUGGCAUUUUGAAAGCAGUGCAUGGUACUCAAUCCUAUGAUCACAAUCGUGUCACCAAAGAUGUCGUAGCAUUCUAUGCUGGAGAUUUCCCAGAUCUUGUUGAGAAGCUCCAGUUAGAUCUUCAUGAACCACCAACAUCACAGUGUGUUCAGUGGUUGGAAGAUGCAAAAUUAAACCAGUUACGUCGAGAGGGAAUCCGGUAUGCUCGUAUUCAGCUCUGUGAUAAUGAUAUUUAUUUCUUGCCUCGCAAUAUUAUUCACCAGUUCCGCACUGUCUCUGCAGUAACCAGUAUUGCAUGGCAUGUUCGCCUGAAACAGUACUACCCUGACACAGAAAACACAUCAGACUUAAAUCAAUAUUCACGGGCAGUUACCACUCAACAUCACUACAAAGAAAAGAGAAACCUGGAGAAAGCAUGUGAAACUCCUAAGAAAGAUGUGAAAGAUGAAAACCAAAGAUGUGACAAACCAAAAAGGGAAGAGAGGAAAGACAAAGACAGAAAAAGGUUUGAAGAAAGAAAAGAUGAGGACAAGCAUAAGAAAGAACACAAGGAGGGAGAUCGCAGUAAAGGGGAAAGUAAAUCUAGAAAACGUGACCUAGAUGAUGCUGAUGGUGAAGGGAGGGAAAAGAAACGUAUGAGGGUUUUAGAAGGUAAGUCUGGUUCCAAGGAACUAGAAGUAGAACACAAAAGAUAUGAAGAGAACUCUUCCAAAAGGAAAGAGAAGGAUGACUGUGGAAAAAAGAAAGAACCAAAGAUGAAAUCAGAAUUUGAAGAAGAAAAGAGAAAAGAGAAGGAUGAAGAGAAAGAAGAGAAGAAAACAGAUGUAAGUGAAGUUGGAAUCAAAGAGAAAGAGAAUUCAGAUAAAAAGAAAGAAGAAAAGAGGGUUAAAUCAGAAAGUGGGAUAAAGGAACAUAAAAUUAAAUCAAGAGAAAAAGAUGAAAAACGAAGAGAUGAGAAAAAAGCAAAGAUUGUAAGCAUUGAUGCAGAACACAAAGAAAAAAUUAAAGAACAUGACAGUAGUGACAGGCAUAAGAAGGAGCAUAAACAUGAUCGAGAGAAACGGUAUGAGAAGACACUAAGGAAAGAUAUCAGUUGUAGUCCAAGUAUGAAGAAGACUACUUCAGCCUCCAAGAAGAAGGAUGGUAAUAACUUUGAUGAUAACAGAUCAUGUGGUACACCAUUAAGACAGAACUUGAAUCAAGUUGAAAGUCUCAGUGUUUUGUCACCUACAAUAGUUUCAGCACCAGUGGAGGACAGUGGAAUUUUUCCUGAUGGGUCUGGUGACUCUGUGUGUAUUGCACUUAAGAAGGAAAGUGCAAUGUGUGAUCUCAGCCAUAAAGUGUCAGGAUUUUCACCUACCAAGAAAGAAUUGUGUCCUGAAGAAAGUAAGCAGUUAAAUAUGUCCCCUGCUAAGAAGGACUGUGAUAAAAGCAAGUCUUGUAUUGUUGUUGUAAAAAAGGAGUCUGUACCGAAAGUGGAUACAUCCAAAUGUCAUUCACCAUCUAAGGCACAGUCUUCAGUCAACUUACUAGAUCAAAUAAUUGCGAGUAUGGACACUUCUGCACCAAAAGUGAGGGAGGACCGAGAUGAUUUGGGACAAAUGUAACUCACCCUGACACUUGCCUUUUGCACUCAUAAAAUGUGCACAUACAGGUUGCACUUAAGAAAUUGAAUGCCUUUGUAAAGACUUUAGUACCUUAACAAAGAAAACAACAAUGUCAGUAAAGUCUGUAUUGAAUAAGGAUUAGGAUAACCAUAUAUUGCAAGAAAUUUCACAGUAGUUUAUAUGUAUAUAUGUACACAGUUGUACAUUGUAUAAUUUUUUAUAACAUUCUUUGUGUACAACGGUGUGUGCCUCUGGGUAUGGUUUGCAGUUGAAGUAAUCCCUUAAGAUGCAUUGCUGAAUAGAGUUUGUGUAUUAAACUCGUUAUUUGAGAUAGAAAGUGCUUCUUCAUUGUACAUAAAGGCCGUGAAUAAAAUGAUGCAAAAGGGCAGCAAUACUGUAUAUAUAUUUUCAUGAACAAUAAAGUUAUGAAUUGCAUUCCAUUGAUAGACUGGUGCUAGGGAAAUAGUGUGUUUGUGUUCCAACUUGGGUGCCUUUUUGGUACCAUAACUUUACAUAAAGUAACAGGUUUUAUUUUAUCAAAAUGGAGACUCACUAUGCUGUCUUUUUGCAUUAGAAUGAAAGUUUGAAUGACUGUAAAACAGAAAUAUGUCUUCGAAGUGAAAGACAUGUUACUCAGAGUGGAAUGUCACGACAAAGGAUUACAGCUUUUUUAUUAUUGGGGCUUUCCUUGCAUACUUAAUUCCCUGAAUGGUGCUGUUGAUUACCAUCUACCAACAAACCAUAUUGUUAAACAACAAACUGUUUAAAAAAUUAUAAUGGCAUGACAUCUGAUUUUACAUCCCCCCCCCUUCGUCCUAUUCCAUUUCCUUCAUGCAAGGAAAGAACUGAUAGUUUGUAGAUGUGUGUGGGAAUCACUCGGUGAUAUAUCACCGCAAAUACUUAAUUACACACAUAGGCCCAGUUGGUGAAAUAAUGUUGCCAUGAGUGUGAAAAGUUAUAAGUUUAAGGUUUCAAGUUUAAACAGAUGUUGACUGCUCUUUAAUCUUAUUUUUCCAUAAACAUAUAGUAUUUUAUAACUUACAUUAUUGCUUGUCAUUGUAAUCACACGAAAAAGUCACUCUUUGCUGCUGUGUUGUAAUUUUAUUUAUAAUGAUAUAUAUUUUAAGUGGGAAUGUUUAUCUGCCUGCUUUAAUAAGUUGGGAGUCUUCUGAAAUAAUAUGACCUCUUAUCCCCAUUUUGUACAAUUACAUCUAAAUCGCGUACAUUAUUAUAUAUCAUAGUGUCUGUGUUUGUUACAUUUCAGUAACAUGCACGUUGGAUUUUAAAAAUUAAGUUUACUGAAUCAUAACUUAUUUCAAAGUGCAGAGACAAUAUGAGGAUGUACUGAUGUACAAAGUAAUAUAAAUGAUGUUUUUCUUUGAUCAUUGUUGCAAUGAUUAAAAUUCUCUGUACUUAAAAACAUGGAGAUGUUCUUCAGAUUGGAGAUGCAUUUGCAUAUUUUUUGAAGCAGUAUAUUACAUAUUUGAUUUUGAGUCUGAUAAGGUCCCGUUUAACCAACGUAUUCACAUUCUUAGGUUUCUUUGUCUCUAGAGUGGUCCAAACAUUUGUGAUUACAUUACAGUAUGUUCUUCGGAUACCAAAAUGAUAAUUUUUCAGUUGUAUUACUUUUACCUAAAUUGUAUUUUUAUUUUGUGAUUUUGUUCAGUAGGCAGAUUUGGCACUUCCACCCUCAAAAGAGAGUUUCAUAGUAUAUUCUGUUAAUCUGUUUACAUCCUGCAGUGUUUGUUGGUACUCGGAAAACAGAGUGUAGAUUGUUUGUUUUUUAUUGUUAUAAAAAUAGGUAAUAAAAUAAUGCACUGUAACUUGAUUAAUUUCUGAGUAGAUGCACAAUAAUGUAACACUUGAAUACAUUGUUACUGCAUUUCUCUAGUGCUGUUUACGUAACACUGAUAUAUCCGUCUGAUCUAUCAUUCAGUCAGCAUGUCAUAUUUCCAGGAUUGAGAAAUGUUAAAAAGGAAUAUUGAGUACCAGAAUUCAUGCUUGAUCUUUCAUUCAAAACUCAUUUAUGCCUGGUUGCAAGAUUGUGGCCUUACUUCAUGAGCCAAGUUAUAUUUUGAUGAGCAGUGAUACUUUUGUUACUGUGAUUAUUUCUGUCCCUUAGAACUUCCUUAAAUGUUGCUUAAUUGAUUGAAAGAAAUACAAGUUAAGAUGAAAGAUGAUUAUAAAUCGGUUUUAUCAACGGUUAAAUUUUGAAAGAAGUUAAUAUGUGAUGUUGAGUUUUAAUAGUGAUGUUAUAAAUACCUGCUUAUCAGUUUUGGUUUUCAAGUCACCAGUGACACAGUUGGAUAUUAAAAGAUCACAGUAAACAGUGAAAUUUUCAAUCAUAGAAAUGAGAUGUUGAUUUAUCAUAUUCACAUAAUUUCCUAUAAUUUAAUACCGACUUAUAAUGAAGAAGUGUGUAUUUUCCAGUGUUUGCUUUAUCAUGAAUUGCUGUAACCAUCUCAUUAGAUACAUGAAAACCGCUUAAUUUGAGUAUUUACUUUUGAAUUGUUAACAACAAAAGCAUUACUUUUUUAUGAAAGAUUUAUUAGCUUUGUGGAUAUUUAAUGUGAUAGAAUGUUCAUUAAAUUUAGGCAUCAAGUAGUGGCCCUAAUUGACUCUCAUAACCCAAAUUAUAUUUUAUUGACUUUUAGAAAUAGAUCUCCCAUACUGCACCUUACCAAAACCAAAGGAUUCAAAAGUUGAAUGAUAUGAAUGACUGACUGACACCCACAGGGUAUAUUUCAUAAAGAAUGUCUAAAACCAUCUACUUGCUUUUGGUGAUAUGUUUGUUCCUGUCACCACAGUCUUAUGAGGUCAUGGUUAACACCUUUAUUACACAGCAUAUUAAAUUAAAAAUUUGGUAUCUUCAGUAGUGAGCUGAAGUCUUCCUAGUAACUUCUGAUAUUUUGGUAUUCCAUGCACCAUACUAGUGCUGGUUAGUAAUACUGUACACCGUUGAUAUGCCAUGUUUGCUUUUAAUUUUUGGUGAUUUAUUGACAUAGCUUUAUUUUUCAAAUAGUCUUACAUUAAAAAUUCCAAAGUACUUAUGAGCUAUUAACAUGAGUGAAUAAUAGGUCUAACGUAUGGCAGUCAUUGUUUGACAUUUAAUAAUGUAUACUAUUUUAUCACUAGUGGAGGCAGAAGAUAUAGGCUACAACAUUAAAAAUCACAAGCUUCUUGUUAACUCUGUGUAGUGUAAUUGUGCCAAAGUUACUAUUUUACAUACUACUAAUAAACUGUACUGUAUGGUACAUGCAAUAAAAUUUAUUUUCAAAACUGUGGAUUGUAAUACUUAACACUUGAUUUAGAAGUUUCAUACCAUUACCAACACACGAUUACACACAUAACUUAUUCUAAAGCUAGAUUUUAACAGUCUUCCUUCCCUUCAGGGAUUGUUUGCCUCAUCACAUUUGGUCUGUAUAAUUACCUCAUUUCAACCAUAUUUUUUUAGUCAUGUGACAUUAUUUUGUCACUAACAUGAGUAAAUGAACGUGUACUCAGCUUGAGUCUGAAAGUUCUUGCAUUUGGGGAGUAUUAUUCUUUGAAGAUUUAAUUUUAUGUAAAGAAUUAUGAGAAAAUUUUCUCCAGUUUUUGGAACAUAUAACAGUCCGGUGCUCUCUUCGCAGUGCAUGAUAUUCUCUUUAUCAUAUGAUAUUAAAUAUGAAAGUUUUUCAAUAUUUUGUGAUCAUGAACAUCUUAGUGUAUACAGUAUGUUUAUUUUAAUGACAUGGAAUAGAUAUAAAUUCAUCAUUCCAAAGUGUUAUUUGAUCAAUAACUAAAGUUAAAAUAAACUUAUCUUUGCAAUAACUAUUACACAAGCAGUGUGGUAUUUUUCUUGCAUGAGAAUGAAGUCCUUACAAUCAUGUGCAUCUUGAACAGCGUUUAUCUGAUUAUGAUGAUCUGGGUUAUGAUGCUAUGUAGUCUUGUAAGUGGUUAGCAACAUUUCAGAGAAACCUAUUGCCAUCUUACAGGUAGAUGAAGGUGAUAGGUUCCCCCAAAACAUUGGUAACCAUCUACGAGGCUACAUGGCAUCAAAACCCAGAAGAACGUAAUACAAAUUUUUUCAUCAUGGAGACCUCAGAUCUUGCAUAAUAUACUGUAUAGUGGCAUACUGAGCAUUUAGGACUAAAUGUUUGGCUUUCUUCAGGAAGUUAUGGUUUCAUUCUACAAAAAUCACUUUUGAAUGGCACAUUUUAAAGGGUCAAUUUUGAGCUGAUUUUAGUGAUUGAUGCUGCUUUUCCUACCCAGUUCAUAAUUUAUCCAUUGUUUCUCACUGCUCUAGCUGCUUCCUCCUUCCCAAUUACAAAAGCUAAUUUGUUUCUACUGCUGUGUUGAGGACGGAAUGGAUGAAUGCUCCCAGCUACCCUGAGUCAUGUCUUGGACUGUGCCUUGCUUUCCACAUCAUCAGGCAGCAAUCUCAUCAGUAAUAUGGUCCAAUCUACGUUUAAAAACAUCCCCUACUAUUAUUAGAAGUUUUGUAAAUAUGUUGUUAAUUUGUGAAGUACUCAGGUUUGAGUCUAUGCCAGAUGCAUGUGCUAGUAUAAUGUUUCAGAUACUCUCUAAUAAAUGGCAUCCAAUAAUUACCUUAUGUUUGUUUAUGACCUACAUAGUUUGAUAAGAUUGUGACCCCCAAAACAUUGUUCAUUGGAUUUUCUAAAAAAAACUGGAAUAAAUCUUUAAAUUUUAUGUAAUGAAAUCUACAUUUAUAGAUUUCAGAGAGUACUCGACACUUUUUCUUUUCUUCAUAAAACAGGAAUGCUUAAUACAAAUGUGGAAAUAAUAGAGUAUCGUGUGUUUAUACAUUUUGUAUUUCUGCUUGAGAAUUUGCUAAAAAGUUUUCCUCUGACCCUAUCACAUCUUAGUAACAAACCUUUUUUAAAGAGAACUGGAUACUUGUAUUUAGUUGCUUGUCUUCUGAGAAAAAUAUUUAUUUCAUACAUAGAAACAGGAUCGUUAUAAUUUAAAUGUUGUAUUGGUCCUCUGUUUUAGUGAGAUUAGGCCUAUAAAAGUGUUCUAUUAAUGUUGACAAGGGCAGUGGUGUAAUUCUGUUUUAUAGUGAGCCAGUCCAAUAGAUCAAGUGACAACUAUGCAGUGUGUCAAAAAAUUAAAAUUGCUUUGCAUAUAAAAAUAUAUUAUUCAUAGAAAACUAGAAAGUAGAGUUUAUACUGUCAUUCAAGAAAAUAAGAUGACUGCUUCACAAAUUUCAUUUCAUUACUUAUUUUUAAAAUUAGAUUCAAAAUUAUAUAACUCUUAAGCAAGUAAAUGGAAUCAAAUAUUUCUUUAUAUGUGUCUCAGAUCAGGCAUUCAGUACCAUACCGUAACAACAUGUACAAUGCCAGAAAUAUCAGCUGAAGUAUGAAGUGUGUUCUUAAUACAUUUCCCCCACACCAAGAAUGAAACUAACUGGCAAAGUGGUGAACAUAAUUGAGUUAAAAUUAAUAAAGUGUUGUCCUGGUAAAUACUGUGUUAAAAAUCACUUGUAUAAAUGUAUUGAUAAUUUUUAUAAUGAAUACUAAUAAAUUUGAUAAAUCCUGUUCUUGUGUUGCCAUUGUUUUUACUCCAUUCACCAUUUAGCAUGUUAUUCUGUUACAUAAAAUCAUUUGAUCAGUUUAUAAUACUUGUACUGCUGUAAAGGAGAAAUUAAUUUUAGUAAAGUUGACAUUCUGUAGAAUGCCUAAGGAUUUUAUGAAUCACUGAGGUAAAGUAUGUAUAUAUAUUUAUAUUUUGCAUUAAAUGGGCAGGCACUGGUAUGGAUAACCUGGAUUUUCAUAUUCUGCCUGUGCCAUAUGCAAAAUUGUUUUCUACAAUAUAUACAGAUUUCAGACAUGCCAAUUCAAUCUCUGUUGUUUAAUAUACAUUGUAAAAUUUUAAACAGUUCACAAGGGACCAUUGUUCCAGUCAGAAAACUCAGUGCAGCAAGUGACACCAAUGCAAAAUGUAUUCUCUGUUUGAAAGAAGUUACAAAAUGAAUCUCCAUUUAGUAUGUAAUGUACCAGUAUUUUAAAUUGGUUAUACAUGAAUUAAUAUUGGUACGUUUUGGCUGUGUAAAUAUAGGAAUUCUUUGUGUGAAGUAUUGUGCAUUGGAGCUUACUCGUGCAGUAUCAGUGUUACUUUAUAUAUUUACAUUUUUUGAGUGACUGUCUGGUCUUAAGCCUUCAUGAAACUGCAUAAGGUUUGAUGACUAAGUUUAUGCAUCAUUUUGUACUUGAACCUGCUUCCACAGGUCACUCCAGUUAUCUCAAAUGAAAAAUCAUUGAAAGAGCAUAUGUUCCACAUAUGAUAAAUGACCAAAACUCAUUUUGUCUGCAUUAAUAUAUAUGUAGAACACACAACAGAUUAAGUACAAUUUGAGGUUCUAACUGCAGUGAGUAUAAAGAUGGCUGUUUUCUGGGUUGUAGCACCGUGUAGUGUGGUAGAACUUUACAGAGGUCCUUGCAUUGGUAAACUUCUACCAGACUACACAGUGCUACAACCCAGAAGACAGCCAUCUUCACACAACAUUAUUUUGUUAUUCUUAAUAGACAAAUAAUAGUUUCAUGUUCUGCAGAACUAUUAAAUAGUUUCAUGGGUCUGUCAUACCUUUUAUAUGAUAAUUUGUUUCUGUGAGAAAUUUAAAUGCAUCUUAUGCACAUGCCACAGUUUUAGAUAAUGCAUUUAUGGACCUAGAUUUCUCCCCACUUAAAGUUGCAAUAUUCAGCAGAUAUUGUGGCAUGAAGUGCACAUUGUUUUCAAAUAUUGCCUAUGUGCUCAUUGAACAGGUUCUUAUGGUACAGGAAAUCACCAUCUGCCUUGAAUAAAGGCAUCAGAACACAUUUAAGAUUGGGACUGUCCUUCAAUGAUGGCUGUUAGAAAAUUUGUUAACACAUUAAAAGCCUCAUAAACUUGAUUAUUUUCUUGACAUUUUACAUUGUAAGCUUUUAUGACAAUAUCCAAAAAAUAAUCUUGUUAAUUAUCAUACAGAUCAUCAAAAGCAUUCAACAGCAUCUUAAUUUUCCAUUCAAGCGUUUAAUUACAAAUUGAUAUAUUUUCCUGUUCAUAUUUCCCAUGUGAACUUUAAAAUGAUAGGUGCAGUGAUUUCAUUAUUAAAUUGUUUAACUCAAGAGUUGAGCUGAGAUUUGUAUGUUCUGAGUGCAAUAAAAUAUCAGUUAUAUCACAUAUAUGUUUGCAUCCAAAUAAAGUAUUUUAAGAUGUAGAAAUAUAUAGCAACACAAGUAUUUUUGGAUGCACAUUACCAUACAAAAUCAUGAUGUGUAGCUUAAAUUGUGCCAAGACAAUGCAACAGGAUAUGCAGUUGCAUAAAUCUACAGCCAUUGUUAAUUAUAUAUGGAUUAAUUUGCAACAAAAUAGUAUAAGUUGUGUACAUGGUGAAGUACCUUUUGAAAAAAGUCAAGAAUUAGGUGACAGUUCUGAUUCCCAUAAGGACAAAAAAAUCUUGGUGUAACAACUUACUUUGUUGUGUAUUCAGACGUAAAUAGCUGGUUUAUGUGAAAUUUGCAGUGACAAGUGAUCUGUGAGAAUUAUUUUUGGUAUUACUAAAAUAGAAGCUCAUGUGAUGCACACUGUUGUACUCUAAACUUUCAGUGAGAGAAAACUUUAAAGUAAUUUGUACCAAAACUCAUGACAUCUUUCACUUUGUCAAGUGAAGGGGAUUCAAGUGCCUUCAUAAGAGGAGGGCACAAAUCCAUGUGUUAUGUCAGUCAGUACCCAAGGUUUCCUAUUUAGAAGAGUUGUUUUGAAAUUACAUGUUUUAGAGUAGGAAUUCUAUAGGGAUGUUAUUAAAUUGUUCUGAAAAUAUCAAAUAUUGUGAUAUGAUACAUUCAGACAACAUAUAUUGUUCAGUUAAAUUUAAUGUUCAUUGUGGGGAAUGAUUAUGCGACUCAAACUGAAAACUGUAACCUCACUAUUGUACAACAUUAUCAUCACAUGCACCAAUUGUUUAAAACUAAAUUAAUUAACAAUUAUAAUUUCAUGUAAACAAUAUUAAUGUAUUAUUCACACAUUUACAAAUUAUUUGUUUUAAUGUAUAAUUCUAAUACAAAACUGGUACAUUCAACUUAGAAAACUGUGCAUGCCUAUUUUAAAAGUGGGAGCAAUUGUUUUGUUAAAAUUAUUCAUAUAAGAGUGGGCUAUAACCAUGCUCAGUCAUCAUACAUGAGAAAUAAAAGAAAAGAGUGAUAUCAUGUUGCAAUUAUUCCUUUACAGUAACAUGAAUUUUAAGAUAAAAAUUUAUUAAUGUUCCACCUCUUGUCUUUCUAGUCACAUUUUAUGCCGUCUGAAUCCAGCUACUUGCUUUCCUCAUGCUAAUGUGUUCCAAUCAAAAGUAUUACAUACACGUGUAAUAAAGUUUUCCAUUUUGUAUUGUGUUUGGGAAUAUUGCACACACUAUUUAAUUUCAGGCAGUUGUGCCUCAUACCUCUAGUUGACAGGCCUGACCUCUUGUCAGAGGAGAUGCCCAAUAAGGACAGACUGUAAAUGUCAAGACUCAGACUGUAAAAUGUGGUCAUGAGCCCCAGAAAAGGAGCUCAACACCAAGACACAUCGACUGACUGACUAUCAGUUGCAAUGGGACUUGGACUUCAUACCUCUUUCCAUGAUGGCCACAAACUAAAAGGUAGUUUGGAGACCAUUGUCCCAUACUACUAUUACUUUAAAAUAAGCUUCAUGUUUACUCUUUACUUACCUUAGUUUUGCAAGAUGUGUGUUUAGAAUGUGAUUAACAUUGAGUGCACUGUAAUUCUAGGACAACCUUGAAUUUUAUGCAGUAGUAUCAGAUUAUUUGUUUUAAUCCCCUGUAAAUAACUGGUCUGUAUCUCAGGCUGACAUAAUUCCAGGAGUGUGUUUUCAGAAUGUUUCCAGUUUUGUUUGUUACUUUACCCAGAUUAUAUAGUUGGUAAACUAAUGCUAUGUUACGCUUUAAAUUAAUUACUAUAAUUUCAUUUGGUAAAGGAAGACUGUAUUUUAAUUGUGGUAUUUAUAAUGUAAUUUAUUAUUUUAAGAAUAUUAAGAAUUCAGUAGUUUUAAAAUGAUGUAAUUUAUUUUCCAAUUGAAGUCUCAAUGUUUUAGGGAGAAUUUGCAAUUUUUUUAAUUUUAUGCCCAUCUUAAUUUACAGAUUAAUAUGUUACAAACUGAAAUUGUUUAGUGAGAGCAAAAGUUAUAAAUGGGCAGUAUCAAUGUAUUUUAUGUAAAGUUGAUUACCAUUGAAGUUUUAUCCUAUUGGGCUUGUACUUAAAAUUUAAUUAAGUUAUAUCCAACUGUUCUCAAUGUAGUGCCUCUUUAUAUAGACUGAUUCAAUGAAUCAUUGUCAAAUACUUGCUACUUUAAGACACAUAAGAAUUUGAAGAGACCUGUUUCUGUUGAUAAACAUUGUUUUUGAAAGUAACAGCCCAAUAAAUUGUUUUACUUUAAGAGUUUGUAACAUUGUGGUUUGAUGGGACUGUAAUUCAUGACAAUGUGCAUUGCAGCUGUCUUAAGAAAAUAACUUUAGUUUAUUAAUUUGAAUUCAGAGUUAUGUUAUGUAAUAUGCUUUCUCUUCGGUAUUUAUAGUUAAAGUGUGGAUAUAAGAAUGUAUACAUUAUAUCUGAGAUUUUAGGUUCUCAUGGCAGUGAAGAUCUCAUUUGUGGCCUCCUGUGUCCUGUGUGAAGUCUUGUUGGUAGUUACCAGUGUUUCAGAGGAACAUUGGUAACUUUGUAUUAGACAAUGUGGCAUGAGAACACAGAAGACCACUGUCAGCAUGUAUACAUAAGUUGCACCAAAAAUAAAUAGUGUGCUUUUGUUUAUGCCAGAAAGUUUUUGUAUAGAUUUUUAUAGCUUUUGAUUCAUUCUGGAUAGUACUUCAUAAUGUUCACUAGAAUUUCAAAAACACAUUAAGCUUUGAACUUCCUGCAGCAUCUAUAAAAGUGCAUAUGAAGGUGACAUUAUAAGAGGUGUGUUUUACCAAAUCUUCUCACCUCUCUUUAAGUUGUUAAAUGUUGAUUAGUUUCUUGUUUGUUGCUAACAUGAAAUAGCUAUGUUACAGAGUACCAAUUUUUUUUUUGUUCAUAAUGAAUUACAGUUGGUACUGUAAUGUUAUUGGUAUAAUAAUUACUUUGAUUCUAAAUUUAAAGCUACAGUCAUAUAAAUCAAACUGAUCACAGGCAUUGUCCUUUAAGUGCUAUAAUAAAAAGAACUCCCUCAAAAAUUAUAAGAACCACGAUUAAAUUCAAUUUUAUAUAAUUGGCAUAUACUUGUAUGAGACUCCCAUAAUAAUACUGUUUAUUUUAGAAACACAAACUAAAAUACUUAUUUUCUUUAGAAGUUCCUCUGUUGUGUCAAUAUCAGCAAAAUGGUUGCUACUUUGUUCUGCUCUCCUAUAAUGUUAUAUUGUUACCCAUUCUGUUUAAGAGUUUUAAAUAUUGUAGUCCAAAGAAUAAUGGGGCCUAUGGUGAUGUGGUCCGACUGGUGCAAAGACCUGUCAAAACUAGUAGAUACCAGGUGAAGUAACAUUUGUUUAAAUUCAUUAGGUAGGACAUGUCAGGUGGUUUUAUUUUAGGUCACUUUAUAUCUUGACAAGCUAUGAAGUACAUAAAAUUUUAAAUGAUUAACUUGGAAGAAACUACAGUAAUUCAGAACACUGGAGUUUGAUUGAAAGCAGGAAAAUGCACCAGACUGGGUACAAAUGUAGUUAUGGUGUACUGAUAGAGUUUGUAUCUUAUCAUUGUUCCAUAUUUCUAAUGCUGUAAACAAGAUGAUUUAUAGAUUACACAUUGCUUUGAUGGACAAUU